AUGUCAGAUACAUCAAAUUUGGCAGGCGCUGGCCUACCAGAUGUCAAUGAAGGAUGGCGUAUUCUUCUAGCUACGGGAAUUACAACAUUUGUGGCAUUAAUCCUCGUGCUGGCGCGAUUCUACGUGCGAAUUUUCAUUAUUCGCAAUGUCGGCUGGGACGACUAUACCAUGGGCUUGACUAUGCUCCUAUCCUUAUGUGGAUUUGCGAUCAUUGUACCGGAGGUUAAAUACGGCGCAGGUAGACAUACGGUCUAUGUGGAACAUACAGCAUCCCUAGCGAUGCAUUUGAACUUUGCGACUCAGGGAAUUUACCUGUGGGCCAUUGGCUUGGUCAAGGUAUCCAUUGGAUUGUUUUUGCUUCGGUUUGCGCCCCAAAAAGGAUACAAGAUCUUUAUAUGGGUGGUGAUCAUCCUCAUGACGCUCUAUACAACUAUCUGUUUCUUGACUCUCAUGUUUGAAUGCAAGGACAUCCGAACAAAUUGGGACAAAAACGUGGUCUCCGAGUGCUUCUCUCCUAGACAACUUCUGGAGCUGAGCUAUACAAACACGGCAUUAAACAUUCUAACUGAUCUUAUUUUCGCAUUUUUGCCAAUCUUUAUGCUGCGCCAUCUUCAAGUCAACCGCCGAGUCAAGGCUUCUCUCGUUUGUAUUUUGGGGUUGGGAAUUUUUGCCUGCGCCGCCGCUUUCGUCAAGAUCUCCAUCCUACCAAACUACGGCCGAACCGGAGAUUUCCUCUGGGAUUAUACGAACCUUACAAUCUGGGUUGUCACGGAGUGCAACACGGGUAUAAUCGCAGGCAGCCUCCCGACACUCAAACCACUCUUCAAGCGCGUCCUCGGCACCUACGGAUCCCGAUCAAAAACGACACGCGAAUACUACGGCAGCAAGCAAUACAAACUACGAUCUAUGUCUAAGUCUCGUGGCGAACCACUACACUCCCACGGCCAUGUCACUGGCAAUCUCAGUGUUAUCGAACAUGACGACGAGAUGAAGAUCCCGAGAUCAAAUGUUGCCUCAGCCGAUACUUCAGUGACCUAUCCUGCGCGCAAGGGCAGCAAUUCCAGCGAGGAGCGCAUUUUGGGCGAUGGCAUUGUCUGCACAACGGAGGUUAUGGUGUCACAUUCGCAGCAGAAUUCGCCGACAUUACCGCCGGCUCCGAGUCCAACCAGGCUAGGCAGGAUGAAGUCACUAAAGGGAUUGAGAGGAGUUGAAGCGGAUGAUCGGGUUUGA